GGCCCCGAGGAUGCAGCUGAGGCUGAGGAGGCCGUGUACGAGGAGAUGCCCGGUGACAGGAUGGAGCUGAGCCAGCGCCUGGCCGUGGAGGAGCUCCUCAGCACCGAGGCCAGCUACGUGCACAACAUGCAGCUGUGUGUGUGUGACAUCCGGGCUCACCUCCAGGACAAGCAGCUGCCCGAGCUGGACCUGGAAGGACUCUUCUCCAACACCGACGACAUCCUCCAUGUGUCCAGGCGCUUUCUGAAGGGGCUGGAGGACACGCCUGGCCAGGGGCAGGAGCAGCUGCUUGGCAUCAGCACGCUGUUCCAGGAGUUCAAGGAAGAGAUGGAGGCUGUCUACAAGAUCUACUGUGCCAGCUACGACCACGCCCUGCAGCUGGUGGAGAGCUACCGCAGGGACCCCCGGCUGCAGGAGGAGAUCCUGGACACCCUCAAUGCCACCGUGCCUCACACGGGCGCCUCAGACCUCAGCUUCUUCCUGGUGAUGCCCGUGCAGAGGGUCACCAAGUACCCUCUGCUGCUGGGGAAGAUCCUGGAGAACACCCCGAGCAGUGCCAGUGCCCACUCAGCCCUGGAGGCAGCGGCUCGUGCCAUGGCCCAGGUCAAUGCCAACAUCAACGAGUACAAGCGGCGCCGCGAAGUGGCAACCAAAUACACCAAGGCCGAGCACCUGACGCUGCGGGCGCGCCUGGCGCGGCUCAACACGCACUACUGAGGACAAGGAAUAUGACGACCUGGAAGAGAAGUUCCAGUGUGUGGCAUCCAGUGUGGCCACGCUGAAGGAGAACAUGGCAUCCUACCUGGGCCACCUAGAGGCGUUCCUGCUGCCCAGCCCGCACCUGUGUGACCUGCAGAUGGAGCAGGGACCUGCCCAGCAGCACCGCCGCCUCUCCCAGCUCCUGCAGAGCGCCGUGUUCCCCGAGUUUAAGCAGCGUGUGGGCAGGCUGGUGUGGCAGCCCCUCUGCAGCCUGGCAGACAUGCUGGAGGGGCCCCAGCAGCUGGUCAAGAAGCGCCUGGACAAGCUGCUGGACUACGAGGAGAUCCAGGAGAGGAAGAGCGAGAUGGGCAGCGUGAGCUACGAUGAGGAGGCUGCCAUGAACACCUACCUGGCCAUCAAUGACCUGCUGGUGGCCGAGCUGCCCCAGUUCAACCAGGUGGCUGUGCAGCUCCUGGGGCAGAUCCUGCGCUCCUUCAGCGCCCUGCAGCUGGACUUGGCUGCCCAGGUCCUGCACCACGCAGAAAAGGAGCUGGAGCAGCUGCCCCAUGGGCACAUGGCCCUGCCCAGCUUCUGGAAGGUGGUGGAGGACAGCCUGCAGCAGUCGGGUGCCCAGCUCCGUGCCUUCUGCCAGGCCUUUGAGACGGUGGCACCCAGCCCUGGCACACAGGCUCUGACCCCAGCUGAGGAGAGGAAGGUCCUUUCCCUUGUGAGCAAGCACGGCCCAGACAAGCUGUACCAAGUGACCAGCAACGUCAGUGGCAGCAGAGAGCUGGACCUGACCUUGCUGAGGGGACAGAUCGUGGCCCUGCUGCAGAACUCCGACACCAAGGGCAACACCAGCAGGUGGCUGGUGGAUGCUGGAGGUCCCCGAGGGUUUGUCCCUGCUGCAAAGCUCCGGCCCUACAGCCCAGUGCAGGUGCAGCAGCCGCCUGUGAUGCAGCUGCUGGGCCUGGAUGGUGACCCAGAGAGAAGGAGACAUUCCUAUGCAUCCCCUGAAGCUCCCAGGCCUCAGGUGGCCACCUUCACCCCAACAUUCCAGGUGGUUGCCGGCUUCUCCUUCGCAGCCCGGAGCCCGCAGGAGCUGAGCCUGCAGGCGGGGCAGCCCGUGCUGCUGCUGGAGCCCCACGACAAGAAGGGCAGCACGGAGUGGAGCCUGGUGGAGGUGAACGG